AGCGGGGGCCGGUUGAAGUAGUGGCACAGCACCAUCACGAGCCCAGUCAGACUGAAUGUGCCUCUCAGACUGAGCUGGCGCUGACUCCUCAAGUCUCUCCUUCUUUUCUAGUCUUAGUUUGAUGUUUUCUGUACUUUUCCCCUCCUCUUACGAUCGAAAUCCACGCUCAUUUUGAGAACAAUCAUCAUCCUCAGCAGUGUUUCAGCUGUGAGUUCCUGUAGAAGUUUGGUCUGUCGAGUUGGCAAAGAUGUUCCAGAUAAAGAGGAUCUGUUGUAUUGGUGCUGGGUAUGUCGGUGGUCCCACGUGUAGUGUCAUUGCUGAGAUGUGCCCUGACAUUACAGUGACUGUUGUCGAUGUCAAUGAAUCCCGUAUCAAAGCCUGGAAUUCAGACACUCUUCCCAUAUAUGAGCCUGGUCUAAAGGAAGUUGUUGAAUCAUGCCGGGGGAGAAAUUUGUUUUUCUCUACUGACAUCGACUCUGCAAUCCGGAACGCUGACCUUGUCUUUAUCUCUGUGAACACUCCUACCAAGACCUAUGGGAUGGGAAAAGGCCGUGCGGCUGACUUAAAGUUCAUUGAAGCCUGUGCUCGGAGGAUUGUCGAAGUGUCCGAUGGCUAUAAGAUUGUCACAGAGAAGAGCACUGUCCCUGUUCGUGCUGCUGAGAGCAUUCGGAGAAUAUUUGAUGCCAAUACCAAGCCAAGCCUUAAUCUACAUGUGCUGUCCAACCCAGAGUUUCUUGCUGAAGGAACAGCUGUGAGAGAUCUAAAGGAUCCAGACCGUGUCCUCAUUGGUGGAGAUGAAACGCCAGAGGGUCAAAAGGCAAUCAAGGCCCUCUGCGCCGUUUAUGAGAACUGGGUCCCCAAGGCUCGGAUCAUUACCACAAAUACAUGGUCAUCCGAGCUGUCCAAACUGGCAGCCAAUGCAUUUUUGGCACAACGCAUCAGCAGCAUAAACAGCAUUAGUGCACUUUGUGAAUCCACUGGAGCUGAUGUUGAGGAGGUCGCUAAGGCCAUCGGUAUGGACCAGAGAAUAGGCAGCAAGUUCCUCAAAGCCAGUGUUGGCUUUGGAGGAAGCUGUUUUCAGAAGGAUGUGCUCAACCUGGUUUACUUGUGUGAGGCUCUCAACCUUCCUGAAGUUGCCUCCUACUGGCAACAGGUGAUUGACAUGAAUGAAUACCAGAGAAGGCGCUUUGCCUGUAGAAUUAUUGACUGCCUCUUCAACACAGUAACAGACAAGAAAAUAGCUCUUCUUGGUUUCUCUUUUAAAAAAGACACUGGGGACACAAGGGAGUCUUCCAGUAUUUACAUUUCAAAGUAUCUUAUGGAUGAAGGUGCCAAGCUGUUUAUCUAUGACCCCAAAGUCCUCAAGGAACAAAUCAUCCAUGACCUCUCCCAGCCCAGCAUUUCAGAAGACAAUCCAGAGAGAGUGUCCCAACUGGUGACGGUCACCUCUGAUCCCUAUGAAGCUUGCCAAAGUGCUCAUGCUUUGGUCAUCUGCACUGAAUGGGACAUGUUUAAGGAACUUGACUAUGAGAAAAUUCAUAAGAAGAUGUUGAAGCCUGCUUUUAUAUUUGAUGGUCGAAGAGUGUUGGAUCAUCUCCAUCCUUUGCUCCAGAACAUUGGUUUUCAGAUUGAGACCAUUGGUAAGAAAGUCGCAGCUACAAGAAUCCCCUAUACUCCUGCCGCUGUAGGUCCCCGGAUUGUCCCCACUGAACCCCCUCCCAAAAAAGCCAAAGUCUGAAUUUCUCACACAUUCCUCACUCAGCAAUUUAUUGCUGGUCACUACUGUCCCCUUCAGUUGGACCUGGUCCUUAAGAUGCUCAACAGGCACUAAUUGCCUUCUUAACUUGCAAUUAUUGCAUUACUUUUCACUGUGACCAGGUCGAAUGUUUCUCUAACAACAACAACAAACCAUUCCUGGCAAAAAAGGCUUUGUAUUACAAUUUAUUAGCAUUUCUUCUUAGACAUUGUAUUAACAAUGCAUUUUUUUACAAUUAACAUGUCAUGUAUUAUUGAUAAAGAAAAAUAUACAUUUUAAAAGUAUUUUUAUAAAUUGUGUAUAAUUCAUGUCUUCUGUAUUGCUGAAUUUGUAAGGGCCAAUGCAAUAAAAUAAAAGUAUUGA